AUGGAGGCUCUUUUGCGCCAGUCGAAGUCCAUGUGCCCGUUCCUUCACAAGACGUCACCCGCCACUCUGCGCUCCCUCUCCACCACGACGGCCGCUGCCCGCCAGGAAGUCUCUCCAGGCGCCGGAAGCAUGUCGAACCUCCAGGUUCUCGCCCGUCGCUGCCCGAUCAUGGGCAAGGCGCUUGCUGUGCAGAGCUCCCGCAAUGGCAACAACGCUCUUGCUGGUGCUUUCGGUGGUGUGCGUGCUUACCACACGCGCGUGAACCGAGCCAGGCUACACACGACAGCGUCCAAGGAAGCCCAGGCUGUCGAUAUUGAGAGCCUCAGAGGCAAGCAGGGUCCACCAUUUCCCCACGCUGCUUUGAAGCCGGCCAAUGUUAAGCCCUCCAACGUCGCAUCUCCGUCUGCCCCGCGAGCCGCGACGUUCGACUACGAAGGCUUUUACCACAAUGAGCUGGACAAGAAGCACAAGGACAAGUCGUAUCGCUACUUCAACAACAUCAACCGAUUGGCCAAGGAAUUCCCGCGUGCCCACAAGGAAUCCCCGGAGGACAAGGUGACUGUCUGGUGCUCUAACGACUACCUCGGCAUGGGACGCAACCCCCACGUACUCAAGUCGAUGCACGAGACCCUGGACAACUACGGAGCUGGUGCCGGAGGUACCAGAAACAUCUCCGGACACAACCAACACGCUGUAGCACUGGAGGACACAGUUGCAAAGCUCCACUCCAAGGAGGCUGCGCUCGUCUUUUCGUCGUGCUAUGUAGCAAACGAUGCGACUCUUGCGACCCUCGGCAGCAAACUGCCCAACUGCGUCAUUCUGUCGGACAGCUUGAACCACGCCUCCAUGAUCCAGGGCAUCCGUCAUUCAGGCGCGAAAAAGAUGGUAUUCAAGCACAACGAUGUCGCAGACCUUGAGGCGAAGCUGCAGUCAAUUCCUGCCGAAUACCCCAAGAUCAUUGCCUUUGAGAGUGUGUACAGCAUGUGCGGUUCCAUUGGACCUAUCGAAGAAAUCUGUGACCUCGCUGAGAAGUACGGUGCCAUUACCUUUUUGGACGAAGUCCAUGCUGUAGGCAUGUACGGACCACACGGUGCCGGUGUCGCUGAACAUCUCGACUACGAAGCACACAAGGCAGGGCGGCCCCAGGGCACUAUUCAGGACCGCGUAGACAUCAUCACUGGUACACUCGGAAAAGCUUACGGCUGCGUUGGCGGCUACAUUGCCGGCUCUGCCAAGCUUGUCGACACUAUCCGAUCACUUGCUCCUGGCUUCAUUUUCACUACUUCCCUUCCACCGGCGACCAUGGCAGGUGCCAAGACGGCCAUCGAGUACCAGGCCAACUACCAGGGUGACCGACGCCUGCAGCAACUCCACACCCGCGCUGUCAAGGAUGCUUUGAGCGAGAAGAACAUCCCCGUUAUUCCGAACCCUAGCCACAUCAUUCCCGUUCUCGUUGGAAACGCCGAGGUGGCCAGGAAGGCGUCUGACCUUCUCCUUGAGGACUGGGGCAUCUACGUCCAGGCCAUCAACUACCCCACUGUUCCUGUAGGCCAGGAACGACUACGCAUCACGCCAACCCCAGGCCACAUCCGGGAGUACCGCGACCACCUGGUCGAGGCGGUCGAUGCUGUGUGGAAGCAGUUGGGCAUCAAGCGCACAAGCGAAUGGGCUGCUGAAGGCGGCUUCAUCGGCGUUGGCGAGGCUGGCAAGGAGGAGGUCGCUCCCCUCUGGACUGACGAGCAACUUGGUCUGACUGAUGUCAUGAAUGAGAUGAAGGCAGGCCAGGGUGCGACCGGCGUGCUCGAGGCUGUGCUCGAGAACGAGCGCAAGGCUACAGCACAGGCUGUUGCUGCUGCUGCUUAG